CAUUGGUAGUUCUUGACUAAUUUUGAGUAAAUGGAGGGAGGUUUGAAAACGAAACUGUUGAUAAGUGAAGGUGAAAAGCCCAGCCAAAAUGAGUUACUGCAAGACCGGAACUCAGUUACUGCUCUCAGAUGUGAUUUCUUCUCCAACUUACCUGACAAAGUUCGGUCUGGCUUUGAUCCUGAGGCCCCUUUUCAUCUAAACCUCUCUAAAACUACUGGCUUGAUAGAAGGGGAGAAGGAAUACUAUGAGAAACAAUUUGCCACCUUAAGGUCUUUUGAGGAAGUUGACUCUCUAGAGUCACCCGAUGUGAUUGAUGCUGAGCAAGAUCGAAAAGAACUAGCCCAGCAUGAGAGAGCAAUGAAAAUUUCUAAUUGGGCAAAUACCCUUCUGCUUGCUUUAAAGAUACAUGCUACACUGAAGAGUGGAUCCUUAGCUAUUGCAGCUUCAACUCUAGAUUCUUUGCUAGAUCUUAUGGCUGGUGGAAUACUUUGGUUCACACACUUGUUUAUGAAAAACAUAAAUAUCUACAAGUAUCCUAUUGGAAAGUUGAGAGUGCAACCAGUAGGCAUUGUCAUAUUCGCAGCUGUCAUGGCUACUCUGGGCUUUCAAGUUCUUGUCCAGGCCUUAAAACAACUUAUCGAAGACACACCAUCCGAAAAGAUGACUUCAGAAAAGUUGAUCUGGUUGUAUGCAAUCAUGCUGAUAGCUACUGGCGUCAAACUUGUUCUUUGGUGGUACUGUAGAAGUUCGGGAAACACAAUCGUCCAUGCCUAUGCCAAGGAUCAUUACUUUGAUGUGGUCACAAAUGUGGUUGGCUUGGUUGCUGCUGUUCUUGGAGAUGAAUUCUAUUGGUGGAUAGAUCCAGUUGGUGCUAUCAUCCUUGCAUUCUAUACAAUUUCUAAUUGGUCCGGAACUGUCCUAGAAAAUGCAGUAUCUUUGGUUGGACAAUCAGCUCCUCCUGAAGUCUUGCAGAAACUCACAUAUCUCAUCCUAAGGCACCACAGUUUAAUCAGACGUGUCGACACAGUCAGGGCCUACACCUUUGGGGUUCUCUAUUUUGUUGAGGUUGACAUUGAACUGCCCGAAGAUUUGCCAUUGAAAGAAGCACAUGCAAUUGGAGAAUCAUUGCAAAUAAAGAUCGAAGAGCUCCCUGAAGUCGAGCGGGCAUUUGUUCAUCUUGAUUAUGAAUGUGAUCACAAGCCAGAGCACUCGGUUCUAAGUAGGCUCCCCAACAGCCAUCCUUGAUAGUUGAUUCAGAGUUUGCCAUGAAAUAAUACUAAUUGUUUUUCUGUCAACUUUAUUUGUACCAUGAGGAAGUAUCAGGAAUUGAGAACCUUACGUGAUAUGAAUUAGUUUUCAGUUAUGAAAUAGUGCAAGUUGCACCAAGAAGGCUCUGUAGUUUAAAACAAAAUCAUGUGUGAACAAGCCAGUAACCGUUGGAUUUGCUUAGCUCUAGACAAGCCAGGAUGCAAAUGGAGGAAGUUUUGUGGCUUUUUAUGAAGUUACGAUAAAACUCCAAAUGUGACUAGUUCAGUGGGCUUGAUCUCAUCCCGAUGGGUGAACAUGGUACUAUGGUAAAGGAUU